UCAUUGUAGUUAGGUGAUUAAACUAACGAGAGACAGUUAGAGAGUAGAGACAAAUAAAAAGGCAGAAGGAAGGAAGGAUCUAGAAGAAUCAUCCUCCACAUACAAAACCCUUAAACUCCCCCCAGGACUUCUUCCUCCUCCUUAUAGCUCUCUUUAUUUCUCGUUUGUUGUUGAAGAGGACAAAGAAAGUAUGGAAGAAGAAACGACGGCGUAUUGGUGCCACACGUGUUCUCAAACAGUGACUUCUUUAACAACGGAAGAAGCUGGAAUCAAAUGCCCCUUUUGUCAAAGCGGCUUCCUUGAAGAGAUGCAACAACGAGAGGACACCAACGUUCACAGACCAAUGGAUUCCAUCUUGACUCCCAUCUUCAUGGAAAUGAUGAACAAUUCCGCAAGGAUCCACCCCGGAGCCGAUAUGGAUUCCCAGCUUCAAGAGAUUCUCAGGAGAAGGGGCAGACGUCCCGUUUCCAUUGACCAGUUGCUUCAGGGAAUAUAUGCUGGCUUAACACUUGCCCCUGCUGCUGCUGCUGCUGAUGAUAACAAUCGAGAGAGAGGACGCGUGAUCGUCACCAACCCCUACAAUCAGAUCGUGGCUGUCCCGAGCUCUGCUGUUUCCAACACUCUGCCUCCCGUUGCUGGUUCCCUCAGCGAGUACUUCAUCGGUCCUGAGUUCGAAGCCAUGCUUGAGAGUUUGACUGAGACUGAUCCUAGGAGGUAUGGAACGCCUCCAGCUAGGAGAGAUGCGUUUGAGGCUUUGGCUAGUGUCGAAAUCAAAGAGGAAGAGGCGGGGCUGGAGUGUUGUGUGUGUUUGGAUGACUUUGAGAUGGGAACUGUGGGGAAACAGAUGCCUUGUAUCAGCUACCGACUUCGGAGGAUGAGACAAAUGGUGGUGGUGGUGGUGGUGGUGGGUCUUCUUCGUCAAGCAGCAGCAGCCAGGGAUCUGAGAGCACCCGAGAUGAUGAUGGUGAUGGGAGCAUGCUCGACGAUCCCAUGGAAGCUUAGCCACCUGGUUCUCAAGAUAGCAGAGCAAUACAUAGGAGCAAGAGAAGAUGAUGAAACAACCAUAAGCUGUUUUACUUUUGGUCUGUACAUAAAAAAAAGGUUCUAGGAUUUUGGUUGAAUUCUAAGCUCUACUACCCUUUUGGAAAACAAAAAAAAACUAUCAUUUUGUGAUGUUUUAUGGUAAUGAAACUUUCUACCUUUUGGUUAGAACUCUGCUGGUUGCUUGUGGUUUUUCAGUCUU